AUGGCAGACGUUCAGUUUGACAUCGGAGACUCGUGCGUCUGUCUGCACACAGGCAAUAAUCCAUAUGAGGCGAAAGUAAUCGAUAAGAAGGAUUUUCAAGGAAAACAAUGCUAUAUUGUUCACUUCAAAGGCUGGAAUUCUCGAUACGACCAGAAAAUUCCAAUCGGAGAACAUUCCACCAAAAUGUUCAAAUGCACCCUCGAAGAAUAUCAGAAUGAUCAUCAAGGAGAGCCAUCGGAGCCAAAAGCCAAGAAAAGAGGUGCCAGAGCGGUAGCAGAAGAUGCUCAACCAGAGAGCAGUUCGAAACCAGCAAAGAAAGCGGCGAAAAUCGUGGCACCCGAGACAGCUACCAGAGCUGCAGCAGAAGAUGCUCAACCAGAGAGCAGUUCGAAACCAGCGAAAAAGACGGUAAAAAUUGUGGCGCUCGAGAUCGCAACAGAGCCAGUCAAUGGUGAACAGCAUCAUAAUGACCAUCAAGGAGAGCCAUCGGAGCCAAAAGCCAAGAAAAGAGGUGUCAGAGCGGUAGCAGAAGAUGCUCAACCAGAGACUGGUUCGAAACGAGCAAAGAAAGUGGCGAAAAUCGUGGCACCCGAUACAGCUACCACAGCUGCAGCAAAAGAUGCUCAACCAGAGAACAGCUCGAAACCAACAAAGAAAGCGGCAAAAACUAUGGCACCCGAAGCCGCAGCAGAGCAAGUCAACGAAGGUGCUUCCUCAGUUUCAAGAUCUUCCAAAAGAAAACCAGCGGUAGAGACUAAAUCCAAGCCUGAUUCCAAAGUAAGUAGUGUUCAUUCAUUUUCUUUUACGAUGAGAAUUCCACCACAUGGACUUGGCUAUGUGAACUUGGGCCAGACUGGCAGCACCAACUGGUUUAUCCGAGAAUUCCGAGAAGAUGUCGUCUACUUUGGCGUUCAAUUCGGUUUCUACCACAUAAACGACAUCUUCCUUAGACGCUUGUGGAGCUUGAGAAGUCAGAACACUCAGUGUUUGUGUGUACUCGGGUGGUAUCAGAUAUUCCAUUCCAGAAAUAUGCUGUCCAACCUGAAAAAGGUCUCCAAAUAA